AGCAUGGGAGCAGAGCAUGGGAGCAGAGCAUGGGAGCAGAGCAUGGGAGCAGAGCAUGGGAGCAGAGCAUGGGAGCAGAGCAUGGGAGCAGAGCAUGGGAGCAGAGCAUGGGAGCAGAGCAUGGGAGCAGAGCAUGGGAGCAGAGCAUGGGAGCAGAGCAUGGGAGCAGAGCAUGGGAGCAGAGCAUGGGAGCAGAGCAUGGGAGCAGAGCAUGGGAGCAGAGCAUGGGAGCAGAGCAUGGGAGCAGAGCAUGGGAGCAGAGCAUGGGAGCAGAGCAUGGGAGCAGAGCAUGGGAGCAGAGCAUGGGAGCAGAGCAUGGGAGCAGAGCAUGGGAGCAGAGCAUGGGAGCAGAGCAUGGGAGCAGAGCAUGGGAGCAGAGCAUGGGAGCAGAGCAUGGGAGCAGAGCAUGGGAGCAGAGCAUGGGAGCAGAGCAUGGGAGCAGAGCAUGGGAGCAGAGCAUGGGAGCAGAGCAUGGGAGCAGAGCAUGGGAGCAGAGCAUGGGAGCAGAGCAUGGGAGCAGAGCAUGGGAGCAGAGCAUGGGAGCAGAGCAUGGGAGCAGAGCAUGGGAGCAGAGCAUGGGAGCAGAGCAUGGGAGCAGAGCAUGGGAGCAGAGCAUGGGAGCAGAGCAUGGGAGCAGAGCAUGGGAGCAGAGCAUGGGAGCAGAGCAUGGGAGCAGAGCAUGGGAGCAGAGCAUGGGAGCAGAGCAUGGGAGCAGAGCAUGGGAGCAGAGCAUGGGAGCAGAGCAUGGGAGCAGAGCAUGGGAGCAGAGCAUGGGAGCAGAGCAUGGGAGCAGAGCAUGGGAGCAGAGCAUGGGAGCAGAGCAUGGGAGCAGAGCAUGGGAGCAGAGCAUGGGAGCAGAGCAUGGGAGCAGAGCAUGGGAGCAGAGCAUGGGAGCAGAGCAUGGGAGCAGAGCAUGGGAGCAGAGCAUGGGAGCAGAGCAUGGGAGCAGAGCAUGGGAGCAGAGCAUGGGAGCAGAGCAUGGGAGCAGAGCAUGGGAGCAGAGCAUGGGAGCAGAGCAUGGGAGCAGAGCAUGGGAGCAGAGCAUGGGAGCAGAGCAUGGGAGCAGAGCAUGGGAGCAGAGCAUGGGAGCAGAGCAUGGGAGCAGAGCAUGGGAGCAGAGCAUGGGAGCAGAGCAUGGGAGCAGAGCAUGGGAGCAGAGCAUGGGAGCAGAGCAUGGGAGCAGAGCAUGGGAGCAGAGCAUGGGAGCAGAGCAUGGGAGCAGAGCAUGGGAGCAGAGCAUGGGAGCAGAGCAUGGGAGCAGAGCAUGGGAGCAGAGCAUGGGAGCAGAGCAUGGGAGCAGAGCAUGGGAGCAGAGCAUGGGAGCAGAGCAUGGGAGCAGAGCAUGGGAGCAGAGCAUGGGAGCAGAGCAUGGGAGCAGAGCAUGGGAGCAGAGCAUGGGAGCAGAGCAUGGGAGCAGAGCAUGGGAGCAGAGCAUGGGAGCAGAGCAUGGGAGCAGAGCAUGGGAGCAGAGCAUGGGAGCAGAGCAUGGGAGCAGAGCAUGGGAGCAGAGCAUGGGAGCAGAGCAUGGGAGCAGAGCAUGGGAGCAGAGCAUGGGAGCAGAGCAUGGGAGCAGAGCAUGGGAGCAGAGCAUGGGAGCAGAGCAUGGGAGCAGAGCAUGGGAGCAGAGCAUGGGAGCAGAGCAUGGGAGCAGAGCAUGGGAGCAGAGCAUGGGAGCAGAGCAUGGGAGCAGAGCAUGGGAGCAGAGCAUGGGAGCAGAGCAUGGGAGCAGAGCAUGGGAGCAGAGCAUGGGAGCAGAGCAUGGGAGCAGAGCAUGGGAGCAGAGCAUGGGAGCAGAGCAUGGGAGCAGAGCAUGGGAGCAGAGCAUGGGAGCAGAGCAUGGGAGCAGAGCAUGGGAGCAGAGCAUGGGAGCAGAGCAUGGGAGCAGAGCAUGGGAGCAGAGCAUGGGAGCAGAGCAUGGGAGCAGAGCAUGGGAGCAGAGCAUGGGAGCAGAGCAUGGGAGCAGAGCAUGGGAGCAGAGCAUGGGAGCAGAGCAUGGGAGCAGAGCAUGGGAGCAGAGCAUGGGAGCAGAGCAUGGGAGCAGAGCAUGGGAGCAGAGCAUGGGAGCAGAGCAUGGGAGCAGAGCAUGGGAGCAGAGCAUGGGAGCAGAGCAUGGGAGCAGAGCAUGGGAGCAGAGCAUGGGAGCAGAGCAUGGGAGCAGAGCAUGGGAGCAGAGCAUGGGAGCAGAGCAUGGGAGCAGAGCAUGGGAGCAGAGCAUGGGAGCAGAGCAUGGGAGCAGAGCAUGGGAGCAGAGCAUGGGAGCAGAGCAUGGGAGCAGAGCAUGGGAGCAGAGCAUGGGAGCAGAGCAUGGGAGCAGAGCAUGGGAGCAGAGCAUGGGAGCAGAGCAUGGGAGCAGAGCAUGGGAGCAGAGCAUGGGAGCAGAGCAUGGGAGCAGAGCAUGGGAGCAGAGCAUGGGAGCAGAGCAUGGGAGCAGAGCAUGGGAGCAGAGCAUGGGAGCAGAGCAUGGGAGCAGAGCAUGGGAGCAGAGCAUGGGAGCAGAGCAUGGGAGCAGAGCAUGGGAGCAGAGCAUGGGAGCAGAGCAUGGGAGCAGAGCAUGGGAGCAGAGCAUGGGAGCAGAGCAUGGGAGCAGAGCAUGGGAGCAGAGCAUGGGAGCAGAGCAUGGGAGCAGAGCAUGGGAGCAGAGCAUGGGAGCAGAGCAUGGGAGCAGAGCAUGGGAGCAGAGCAUGGGAGCAGAGCAUGGGAGCAGAGCAUGGGAGCAGAGCAUGGGAGCAGAGCAUGGGAGCAGAGCAUGGGAGCAGAGCAUGGGAGCAGAGCAUGGGAGCAGAGCAUGGGAGCAGAGCAUGGGAGCAGAGCAUGGGAGCAGAGCAUGGGAGCAGAGCAUGGGAGCAGAGCAUGGGAGCAGAGCAUGGGAGCAGAGCAUGGGAGCAGAGCAUGGGAGCAGAGCAUGGGAGCAGAGCAUGGGAGCAGAGCAUGGGAGCAGAGCAUGGGAGCAGAGCAUGGGAGCAGAGCAUGGGAGCAGAGCAUGGGAGCAGAGCAUGGGAGCAGAGCAUGGGAGCAGAGCAUGGGAGCAGAGCAUGGGAGCAGAGCAUGGGAGCAGAGCAUGGGAGCAGAGCAUGGGAGCAGAGCAUGGGAGCAGAGCAUGGGAGCAGAGCAUGGGAGCAGAGCAUGGGAGCAGAGCAUGGGAGCAGAGCAUGGGAGCAGAGCAUGGGAGCAGAGCAUGGGAGCAGAGCAUGGGAGCAGAGCAUGGGAGCAGAGCAUGGGAGCAGAGCAUGGGAGCAGAGCAUGGGAGCAGAGCAUGGGAGCAGAGCAUGGGAGCAGAGCAUGGGAGCAGAGCAUGGGAGCAGAGCAUGGGAGCAGAGCAUGGGAGCAGAGCAUGGGAGCAGAGCAUGGGAGCAGAGCAUGGGAGCAGAGCAUGGGAGCAGAGCAUGGGAGCAGAGCAUGGGAGCAGAGCAUGGGAGCAGAGCAUGGGAGCAGAGCAUGGGAGCAGAGCAUGGGAGCAGAGCAUGGGAGCAGAGCAUGGGAGCAGAGCAUGGGAGCAGAGCAUGGGAGCAGAGCAUGGGAGCAGAGCAUGGGAGCAGAGCAUGGGAGCAGAGCAUGGGAGCAGAGCAUGGGAGCAGAGCAUGGGAGCAGAGCAUGGGAGCAGAGCAUGGGAGCAGAGCAUGGGAGCAGAGCAUGGGAGCAGAGCAUGGGAGCAGAGCAUGGGAGCAGAGCAUGGGAGCAGAGCAUGGGAGCAGAGCAUGGGAGCAGAGCAUGGGAGCAGAGCAUGGGAGCAGAGCAUGGGAGCAGAGCAUGGGAGCAGAGCAUGGGAGCAGAGCAUGGGAGCAGAGCAUGGGAGCAGAGCAUGGGAGCAGAGCAUGGGAGCAGAGCAUGGGAGCAGAGCAUGGGAGCAGAGCAUGGGAGCAGAGCAUGGGAGCAGAGCAUGGGAGCAGAGCAUGGGAGCAGAGCAUGGGAGCAGAGCAUGGGAGCAGAGCAUGGGAGCAGAGCAUGGGAGCAGAGCAUGGGAGCAGAGCAUGGGAGCAGAGCAUGGGAGCAGAGCAUGGGAGCAGAGCAUGGGAGCAGAGCAUGGGAGCAGAGCAUGGGAGCAGAGCAUGGGAGCAGAGCAUGGGAGCAGAGCAUGGGAGCAGAGCAUGGGAGCAGAGCAUGGGAGCAGAGCAUGGGAGCAGAGCAUGGGAGCAGAGCAUGGGAGCAGAGCAUGGGAGCAGAGCAUGGGAGCAGAGCAUGGGAGCAGAGCAUGGGAGCAGAGCAUGGGAGCAGAGCAUGGGAGCAGAGCAUGGGAGCAGAGCAUGGGAGCAGAGCAUGGGAGCAGAGCAUGGGAGCAGAGCAUGGGAGCAGAGCAUGGGAGCAGAGCAUGGGAGCAGAGCAUGGGAGCAGAGCAUGGGAGCAGAGCAUGGGAGCAGAGCAUGGGAGCAGAGCAUGGGAGCAGAGCAUGGGAGCAGAGCAUGGGAGCAGAGCAUGGGAGCAGAGCAUGGGAGCAGAGCAUGGGAGCAGAGCAUGGGAGCAGAGCAUGGGAGCAGAGCAUGGGAGCAGAGCAUGGGAGCAGAGCAUGGGAGCAGAGCAUGGGAGCAGAGCAUGGGAGCAGAGCAUGGGAGCAGAGCAUGGGAGCAGAGCAUGGGAGCAGAGCAUGGGAGCAGAGCAUGGGAGCAGAGCAUGGGAGCAGAGCAUGGGAGCAGAGCAUGGGAGCAGAGCAUGGGAGCAGAGCAUGGGAGCAGAGCAUGGGAGCAGAGCAUGGGAGCAGAGCAUGGGAGCAGAGCAUGGGAGCAGAGCAUGGGAGCAGAGCAUGGGAGCAGAGCAUGGGAGCAGAGCAUGGGAGCAGAGCAUGGGAGCAGAGCAUGGGAGCAGAGCAUGGGAGCAGAGCAUGGGAGCAGAGCAUGGGAGCAGAGCAUGGGAGCAGAGCAUGGGAGCAGAGCAUGGGAGCAGAGCAUGGGAGCAGAGCAUGGGAGCAGAGCAUGGGAGCAGAGCAUGGGAGCAGAGCAUGGGAGCAGAGCAUGGGAGCAGAGCAUGGGAGCAGAGCAUGGGAGCAGAGCAUGGGAGCAGAGCAUGGGAGCAGAGCAUGGGAGCAGAGCAUGGGAGCAGAGCAUGGGAGCAGAGCAUGGGAGCAGAGCAUGGGAGCAGAGCAUGGGAGCAGAGCAUGGGAGCAGAGCAUGGGAGCAGAGCAUGGGAGCAGAGCAUGGGAGCAGAGCAUGGGAGCAGAGCAUGGGAGCAGAGCAUGGGAGCAGAGCAUGGGAGCAGAGCAUGGGAGCAGAGCAUGGGAGCAGAGCAUGGGAGCAGAGCAUGGGAGCAGAGCAUGGGAGCAGAGCAUGGGAGCAGAGCAUGGGAGCAGAGCAUGGGAGCAGAGCAUGGGAGCAGAGCAUGGGAGCAGAGCAUGGGAGCAGAGCAUGGGAGCAGAGCAUGGGAGCAGAGCAUGGGAGCAGAGCAUGGGAGCAGAGCAUGGGAGCAGAGCAUGGGAGCAGAGCAUGGGAGCAGAGCAUGGGAGCAGAGCAUGGGAGCAGAGCAUGGGAGCAGAGCAUGGGAGCAGAGCAUGGGAGCAGAGCAUGGGAGCAGAGCAUGGGAGCAGAGCAUGGGAGCAGAGCAUGGGAGCAGAGCAUGGGAGCAGAGCAUGGGAGCAGAGCAUGGGAGCAGAGCAUGGGAGCAGAGCAUGGGAGCAGAGCAUGGGAGCAGAGCAUGGGAGCAGAGCAUGGGAGCAGAGCAUGGGAGCAGAGCAUGGGAGCAGAGCAUGGGAGCAGAGCAUGGGAGCAGAGCAUGGGAGCAGAGCAUGGGAGCAGAGCAUGGGAGCAGAGCAUGGGAGCAGAGCAUGGGAGCAGAGCAUGGGAGCAGAGCAUGGGAGCAGAGCAUGGGAGCAGAGCAUGGGAGCAGAGCAUGGGAGCAGAGCAUGGGAGCAGAGCAUGGGAGCAGAGCAUGGGAGCAGAGCAUGGGAGCAGAGCAUGGGAGCAGAGCAUGGGAGCAGAGCAUGGGAGCAGAGCAUGGGAGCAGAGCAUGGGAGCAGAGCAUGGGAGCAGAGCAUGGGAGCAGAGCAUGGGAGCAGAGCAUGGGAGCAGAGCAUGGGAGCAGAGCAUGGGAGCAGAGCAUGGGAGCAGAGCAUGGGAGCAGAGCAUGGGAGCAGAGCAUGGGAGCAGAGCAUGGGAGCAGAGCAUGGGAGCAGAGCAUGGGAGCAGAGCAUGGGAGCAGAGCAUGGGAGCAGAGCAUGGGAGCAGAGCAUGGGAGCAGAGCAUGGGAGCAGAGCAUGGGAGCAGAGCAUGGGAGCAGAGCAUGGGAGCAGAGCAUGGGAGCAGAGCAUGGGAGCAGAGCAUGGGAGCAGAGCAUGGGAGCAGAGCAUGGGAGCAGAGCAUGGGAGCAGAGCAUGGGAGCAGAGCAUGGGAGCAGAGCAUGGGAGCAGAGCAUGGGAGCAGAGCAUGGGAGCAGAGCAUGGGAGCAGAGCAUGGGAGCAGAGCAUGGGAGCAGAGCAUGGGAGCAGAGCAUGGGAGCAGAGCAUGGGAGCAGAGCAUGGGAGCAGAGCAUGGGAGCAGAGCAUGGGAGCAGAGCAUGGGAGCAGAGCAUGGGAGCAGAGCAUGGGAGCAGAGCAUGGGAGCAGAGCAUGGGAGCAGAGCAUGGGAGCAGAGCAUGGGAGCAGAGCAUGGGAGCAGAGCAUGGGAGCAGAGCAUGGGAGCAGAGCAUGGGAGCAGAGCAUGGGAGCAGAGCAUGGGAGCAGAGCAUGGGAGCAGAGCAUGGGAGCAGAGCAUGGGAGCAGAGCAUGGGAGCAGAGCAUGGGAGCAGAGCAUGGGAGCAGAGCAUGGGAGCAGAGCAUGGGAGCAGAGCAUGGGAGCAGAGCAUGGGAGCAGAGCAUGGGAGCAGAGCAUGGGAGCAGAGCAUGGGAGCAGAGCAUGGGAGCAGAGCAUGGGAGCAGAGCAUGGGAGCAGAGCAUGGGAGCAGAGCAUGGGAGCAGAGCAUGGGAGCAGAGCAUGGGAGCAGAGCAUGGGAGCAGAGCAUGGGAGCAGAGCAUGGGAGCAGAGCAUGGGAGCAGAGCAUGGGAGCAGAGCAUGGGAGCAGAGCAUGGGAGCAGAGCAUGGGAGCAGAGCAUGGGAGCAGAGCAUGGGAGCAGAGCAUGGGAGCAGAGCAUGGGAGCAGAGCAUGGGAGCAGAGCAUGGGAGCAGAGCAUGGGAGCAGAGCAUGGGAGCAGAGCAUGGGAGCAGAGCAUGGGAGCAGAGCAUGGGAGCAGAGCAUGGGAGCAGAGCAUGGGAGCAGAGCAUGGGAGCAGAGCAUGGGAGCAGAGCAUGGGAGCAGAGCAUGGGAGCAGAGCAUGGGAGCAGAGCAUGGGAGCAGAGCAUGGGAGCAGAGCAUGGGAGCAGAGCAUGGGAGCAGAGCAUGGGAGCAGAGCAUGGGAGCAGAGCAUGGGAGCAGAGCAUGGGAGCAGAGCAUGGGAGCAGAGCAUGGGAGCAGAGCAUGGGAGCAGAGCAUGGGAGCAGAGCAUGGGAGCAGAGCAUGGGAGCAGAGCAUGGGAGCAGAGCAUGGGAGCAGAGCAUGGGAGCAGAGCAUGGGAGCAGAGCAUGGGAGCAGAGCAUGGGAGCAGAGCAUGGGAGCAGAGCAUGGGAGCAGAGCAUGGGAGCAGAGCAUGGGAGCAGAGCAUGGGAGCAGAGCAUGGGAGCAGAGCAUGGGAGCAGAGCAUGGGAGCAGAGCAUGGGAGCAGAGCAUGGGAGCAGAGCAUGGGAGCAGAGCAUGGGAGCAGAGCAUGGGAGCAGAGCAUGGGAGCAGAGCAUGGGAGCAGAGCAUGGGAGCAGAGCAUGGGAGCAGAGCAUGGGAGCAGAGCAUGGGAGCAGAGCAUGGGAGCAGAGCAUGGGAGCAGAGCAUGGGAGCAGAGCAUGGGAGCAGAGCAUGGGAGCAGAGCAUGGGAGCAGAGCAUGGGAGCAGAGCAUGGGAGCAGAGCAUGGGAGCAGAGCAUGGGAGCAGAGCAUGGGAGCAGAGCAUGGGAGCAGAGCAUGGGAGCAGAGCAUGGGAGCAGAGCAUGGGAGCAGAGCAUGGGAGCAGAGCAUGGGAGCAGAGCAUGGGAGCAGAGCAUGGGAGCAGAGCAUGGGAGCAGAGCAUGGGAGCAGAGCAUGGGAGCAGAGCAUGGGAGCAGAGCAUGGGAGCAGAGCAUGGGAGCAGAGCAUGGGAGCAGAGCAUGGGAGCAGAGCAUGGGAGCAGAGCAUGGGAGCAGAGCAUGGGAGCAGAGCAUGGGAGCAGAGCAUGGGAGCAGAGCAUGGGAGCAGAGCAUGGGAGCAGAGCAUGGGAGCAGAGCAUGGGAGCAGAGCAUGGGAGCAGAGCAUGGGAGCAGAGCAUGGGAGCAGAGCAUGGGAGCAGAGCAUGGGAGCAGAGCAUGGGAGCAGAGCAUGGGAGCAGAGCAUGGGAGCAGAGCAUGGGAGCAGAGCAUGGGAGCAGAGCAUGGGAGCAGAGCAUGGGAGCAGAGCAUGGGAGCAGAGCAUGGGAGCAGAGCAUGGGAGCAGAGCAUGGGAGCAGAGCAUGGGAGCAGAGCAUGGGAGCAGAGCAUGGGAGCAGAGCAUGGGAGCAGAGCAUGGGAGCAGAGCAUGGGAGCAGAGCAUGGGAGCAGAGCAUGGGAGCAGAGCAUGGGAGCAGAGCAUGGGAGCAGAGCAUGGGAGCAGAGCAUGGGAGCAGAGCAUGGGAGCAGAGCAUGGGAGCAGAGCAUGGGAGCAGAGCAUGGGAGCAGAGCAUGGGAGCAGAGCAUGGGAGCAGAGCAUGGGAGCAGAGCAUGGGAGCAGAGCAUGGGAGCAGAGCAUGGGAGCAGAGCAUGGGAGCAGAGCAUGGGAGCAGAGCAUGGGAGCAGAGCAUGGGAGCAGAGCAUGGGAGCAGAGCAUGGGAGCAGAGCAUGGGAGCAGAGCAUGGGAGCAGAGCAUGGGAGCAGAGCAUGGGAGCAGAGCAUGGGAGCAGAGCAUGGGAGCAGAGCAUGGGAGCAGAGCAUGGGAGCAGAGCAUGGGAGCAGAGCAUGGGAGCAGAGCAUGGGAGCAGAGCAUGGGAGCAGAGCAUGGGAGCAGAGCAUGGGAGCAGAGCAUGGGAGCAGAGCAUGGGAGCAGAGCAUGGGAGCAGAGCAUGGGAGCAGAGCAUGGGAGCAGAGCAUGGGAGCAGAGCAUGGGAGCAGAGCAUGGGAGCAGAGCAUGGGAGCAGAGCAUGGGAGCAGAGCAUGGGAGCAGAGCAUGGGAGCAGAGCAUGGGAGCAGAGCAUGGGAGCAGAGCAUGGGAGCAGAGCAUGGGAGCAGAGCAUGGGAGCAGAGCAUGGGAGCAGAGCAUGGGAGCAGAGCAUGGGAGCAGAGCAUGGGAGCAGAGCAUGGGAGCAGAGCAUGGGAGCAGAGCAUGGGAGCAGAGCAUGGGAGCAGAGCAUGGGAGCAGAGCAUGGGAGCAGAGCAUGGGAGCAGAGCAUGGGAGCAGAGCAUGGGAGCAGAGCAUGGGAGCAGAGCAUGGGAGCAGAGCAUGGGAGCAGAGCAUGGGAGCAGAGCAUGGGAGCAGAGCAUGGGAGCAGAGCAUGGGAGCAGAGCAUGGGAGCAGAGCAUGGGAGCAGAGCAUGGGAGCAGAGCAUGGGAGCAGAGCAUGGGAGCAGAGCAUGGGAGCAGAGCAUGGGAGCAGAGCAUGGGAGCAGAGCAUGGGAGCAGAGCAUGGGAGCAGAGCAUGGGAGCAGAGCAUGGGAGCAGAGCAUGGGAGCAGAGCAUGGGAGCAGAGCAUGGGAGCAGAGCAUGGGAGCAGAGCAUGGGAGCAGAGCAUGGGAGCAGAGCAUGGGAGCAGAGCAUGGGAGCAGAGCAUGGGAGCAGAGCAUGGGAGCAGAGCAUGGGAGCAGAGCAUGGGAGCAGAGCAUGGGAGCAGAGCAUGGGAGCAGAGCAUGGGAGCAGAGCAUGGGAGCAGAGCAUGGGAGCAGAGCAUGGGAGCAGAGCAUGGGAGCAGAGCAUGGGAGCAGAGCAUGGGAGCAGAGCAUGGGAGCAGAGCAUGGGAGCAGAGCAUGGGAGCAGAGCAUGGGAGCAGAGCAUGGGAGCAGAGCAUGGGAGCAGAGCAUGGGAGCAGAGCAUGGGAGCAGAGCAUGGGAGCAGAGCAUGGGAGCAGAGCAUGGGAGCAGAGCAUGGGAGCAGAGCAUGGGAGCAGAGCAUGGGAGCAGAGCAUGGGAGCAGAGCAUGGGAGCAGAGCAUGGGAGCAGAGCAUGGGAGCAGAGCAUGGGAGCAGAGCAUGGGAGCAGAGCAUGGGAGCAGAGCAUGGGAGCAGAGCAUGGGAGCAGAGCAUGGGAGCAGAGCAUGGGAGCAGAGCAUGGGAGCAGAGCAUGGGAGCAGAGCAUGGGAGCAGAGCAUGGGAGCAGAGCAUGGGAGCAGAGCAUGGGAGCAGAGCAUGGGAGCAGAGCAUGGGAGCAGAGCAUGGGAGCAGAGCAUGGGAGCAGAGCAUGGGAGCAGAGCAUGGGAGCAGAGCAUGGGAGCAGAGCAUGGGAGCAGAGCAUGGGAGCAGAGCAUGGGAGCAGAGCAUGGGAGCAGAGCAUGGGAGCAGAGCAUGGGAGCAGAGCAUGGGAGCAGAGCAUGGGAGCAGAGCAUGGGAGCAGAGCAUGGGAGCAGAGCAUGGGAGCAGAGCAUGGGAGCAGAGCAUGGGAGCAGAGCAUGGGAGCAGAGCAUGGGAGCAGAGCAUGGGAGCAGAGCAUGGGAGCAGAGCAUGGGAGCAGAGCAUGGGAGCAGAGCAUGGGAGCAGAGCAUGGGAGCAGAGCAUGGGAGCAGAGCAUGGGAGCAGAGCAUGGGAGCAGAGCAUGGGAGCAGAGCAUGGGAGCAGAGCAUGGGAGCAGAGCAUGGGAGCAGAGCAUGGGAGCAGAGCAUGGGAGCAGAGCAUGGGAGCAGAGCAUGGGAGCAGAGCAUGGGAGCAGAGCAUGGGAGCAGAGCAUGGGAGCAGAGCAUGGGAGCAGAGCAUGGGAGCAGAGCAUGGGAGCAGAGCAUGGGAGCAGAGCAUGGGAGCAGAGCAUGGGAGCAGAGCAUGGGAGCAGAGCAUGGGAGCAGAGCAUGGGAGCAGAGCAUGGGAGCAGAGCAUGGGAGCAGAGCAUGGGAGCAGAGCAUGGGAGCAGAGCAUGGGAGCAGAGCAUGGGAGCAGAGCAUGGGAGCAGAGCAUGGGAGCAGAGCAUGGGAGCAGAGCAUGGGAGCAGAGCAUGGGAGCAGAGCAUGGGAGCAGAGCAUGGGAGCAGAGCAUGGGAGCAGAGCAUGGGAGCAGAGCAUGGGAGCAGAGCAUGGGAGCAGAGCAUGGGAGCAGAGCAUGGGAGCAGAGCAUGGGAGCAGAGCAUGGGAGCAGAGCAUGGGAGCAGAGCAUGGGAGCAGAGCAUGGGAGCAGAGCAUGGGAGCAGAGCAUGGGAGCAGAGCAUGGGAGCAGAGCAUGGGAGCAGAGCAUGGGAGCAGAGCAUGGGAGCAGAGCAUGGGAGCAGAGCAUGGGAGCAGAGCAUGGGAGCAGAGCAUGGGAGCAGAGCAUGGGAGCAGAGCAUGGGAGCAGAGCAUGGGAGCAGAGCAUGGGAGCAGAGCAUGGGAGCAGAGCAUGGGAGCAGAGCAUGGGAGCAGAGCAUGGGAGCAGAGCAUGGGAGCAGAGCAUGGGAGCAGAGCAUGGGAGCAGAGCAUGGGAGCAGAGCAUGGGAGCAGAGCAUGGGAGCAGAGCAUGGGAGCAGAGCAUGGGAGCAGAGCAUGGGAGCAGAGCAUGGGAGCAGAGCAUGGGAGCAGAGCAUGGGAGCAGAGCAUGGGAGCAGAGCAUGGGAGCAGAGCAUGGGAGCAGAGCAUGGGAGCAGAGCAUGGGAGCAGAGCAUGGGAGCAGAGCAUGGGAGCAGAGCAUGGGAGCAGAGCAUGGGAGCAGAGCAUGGGAGCAGAGCAUGGGAGCAGAGCAUGGGAGCAGAGCAUGGGAGCAGAGCAUGGGAGCAGAGCAUGGGAGCAGAGCAUGGGAGCAGAGCAUGGGAGCAGAGCAUGGGAGCAGAGCAUGGGAGCAGAGCAUGGGAGCAGAGCAUGGGAGCAGAGCAUGGGAGCAGAGCAUGGGAGCAGAGCAUGGGAGCAGAGCAUGGGAGCAGAGCAUGGGAGCAGAGCAUGGGAGCAGAGCAUGGGAGCAGAGCAUGGGAGCAGAGCAUGGGAGCAGAGCAUGGGAGCAGAGCAUGGGAGCAGAGCAUGGGAGCAGAGCAUGGGAGCAGAGCAUGGGAGCAGAGCAUGGGAGCAGAGCAUGGGAGCAGAGCAUGGGAGCAGAGCAUGGGAGCAGAGCAUGGGAGCAGAGCAUGGGAGCAGAGCAUGGGAGCAGAGCAUGGGAGCAGAGCAUGGGAGCAGAGCAUGGGAGCAGAGCAUGGGAGCAGAGCAUGGGAGCAGAGCAUGGGAGCAGAGCAUGGGAGCAGAGCAUGGGAGCAGAGCAUGGGAGCAGAGCAUGGGAGCAGAGCAUGGGAGCAGAGCAUGGGAGCAGAGCAUGGGAGCAGAGCAUGGGAGCAGAGCAUGGGAGCAGAGCAUGGGAGCAGAGCAUGGGAGCAGAGCAUGGGAGCAGAGCAUGGGAGCAGAGCAUGGGAGCAGAGCAUGGGAGCAGAGCAUGGGAGCAGAGCAUGGGAGCAGAGCAUGGGAGCAGAGCAUGGGAGCAGAGCAUGGGAGCAGAGCAUGGGAGCAGAGCAUGGGAGCAGAGCAUGGGAGCAGAGCAUGGGAGCAGAGCAUGGGAGCAGAGCAUGGGAGCAGAGCAUGGGAGCAGAGCAUGGGAGCAGAGCAUGGGAGCAGAGCAUGGGAGCAGAGCAUGGGAGCAGAGCAUGGGAGCAGAGCAUGGGAGCAGAGCAUGGGAGCAGAGCAUGGGAGCAGAGCAUGGGAGCAGAGCAUGGGAGCAGAGCAUGGGAGCAGAGCAUGGGAGCAGAGCAUGGGAGCAGAGCAUGGGAGCAGAGCAUGGGAGCAGAGCAUGGGAGCAGAGCAUGGGAGCAGAGCAUGGGAGCAGAGCAUGGGAGCAGAGCAUGGGAGCAGAGCAUGGGAGCAGAGCAUGGGAGCAGAGCAUGGGAGCAGAGCAUGGGAGCAGAGCAUGGGAGCAGAGCAUGGGAGCAGAGCAUGGGAGCAGAGCAUGGGAGCAGAGCAUGGGAGCAGAGCAUGGGAGCAGAGCAUGGGAGCAGAGCAUGGGAGCAGAGCAUGGGAGCAGAGCAUGGGAGCAGAGCAUGGGAGCAGAGCAUGGGAGCAGAGCAUGGGAGCAGAGCAUGGGAGCAGAGCAUGGGAGCAGAGCAUGGGAGCAGAGCAUGGGAGCAGAGCAUGGGAGCAGAGCAUGGGAGCAGAGCAUGGGAGCAGAGCAUGGGAGCAGAGCAUGGGAGCAGAGCAUGGGAGCAGAGCAUGGGAGCAGAGCAUGGGAGCAGAGCAUGGGAGCAGAGCAUGGGAGCAGAGCAUGGGAGCAGAGCAUGGGAGCAGAGCAUGGGAGCAGAGCAUGGGAGCAGAGCAUGGGAGCAGAGCAUGGGAGCAGAGCAUGGGAGCAGAGCAUGGGAGCAGAGCAUGGGAGCAGAGCAUGGGAGCAGAGCAUGGGAGCAGAGCAUGGGAGCAGAGCAUGGGAGCAGAGCAUGGGAGCAGAGCAUGGGAGCAGAGCAUGGGAGCAGAGCAUGGGAGCAGAGCAUGGGAGCAGAGCAUGGGAGCAGAGCAUGGGAGCAGAGCAUGGGAGCAGAGCAUGGGAGCAGAGCAUGGGAGCAGAGCAUGGGAGCAGAGCAUGGGAGCAGAGCAUGGGAGCAGAGCAUGGGAGCAGAGCAUGGGAGCAGAGCAUGGGAGCAGAGCAUGGGAGCAGAGCAUGGGAGCAGAGCAUGGGAGCAGAGCAUGGGAGCAGAGCAUGGGAGCAGAGCAUGGGAGCAGAGCAUGGGAGCAGAGCAUGGGAGCAGAGCAUGGGAGCAGAGCAUGGGAGCAGAGCAUGGGAGCAGAGCAUGGGAGCAGAGCAUGGGAGCAGAGCAUGGGAGCAGAGCAUGGGAGCAGAGCAUGGGAGCAGAGCAUGGGAGCAGAGCAUGGGAGCAGAGCAUGGGAGCAGAGCAUGGGAGCAGAGCAUGGGAGCAGAGCAUGGGAGCAGAGCAUGGGAGCAGAGCAUGGGAGCAGAGCAUGGGAGCAGAGCAUGGGAGCAGAGCAUGGGAGCAGAGCAUGGGAGCAGAGCAUGGGAGCAGAGCAUGGGAGCAGAGCAUGGGAGCAGAGCAUGGGAGCAGAGCAUGGGAGCAGAGCAUGGGAGCAGAGCAUGGGAGCAGAGCAUGGGAGCAGAGCAUGGGAGCAGAGCAUGGGAGCAGAGCAUGGGAGCAGAGCAUGGGAGCAGAGCAUGGGAGCAGAGCAUGGGAGCAGAGCAUGGGAGCAGAGCAUGGGAGCAGAGCAUGGGAGCAGAGCAUGGGAGCAGAGCAUGGGAGCAGAGCAUGGGAGCAGAGCAUGGGAGCAGAGCAUGGGAGCAGAGCAUGGGAGCAGAGCAUGGGAGCAGAGCAUGGGAGCAGAGCAUGGGAGCAGAGCAUGGGAGCAGAGCAUGGGAGCAGAGCAUGGGAGCAGAGCAUGGGAGCAGAGCAUGGGAGCAGAGCAUGGGAGCAGAGCAUGGGAGCAGAGCAUGGGAGCAGAGCAUGGGAGCAGAGCAUGGGAGCAGAGCAUGGGAGCAGAGCAUGGGAGCAGAGCAUGGGAGCAGAGCAUGGGAGCAGAGCAUGGGAGCAGAGCAUGGGAGCAGAGCAUGGGAGCAGAGCAUGGGAGCAGAGCAUGGGAGCAGAGCAUGGGAGCAGAGCAUGGGAGCAGAGCAUGGGAGCAGAGCAUGGGAGCAGAGCAUGGGAGCAGAGCAUGGGAGCAGAGCAUGGGAGCAGAGCAUGGGAGCAGAGCAUGGGAGCAGAGCAUGGGAGCAGAGCAUGGGAGCAGAGCAUGGGAGCAGAGCAUGGGAGCAGAGCAUGGGAGCAGAGCAUGGGAGCAGAGCAUGGGAGCAGAGCAUGGGAGCAGAGCAUGGGAGCAGAGCAUGGGAGCAGAGCAUGGGAGCAGAGCAUGGGAGCAGAGCAUGGGAGCAGAGCAUGGGAGCAGAGCAUGGGGUGGUGGGCAGAAAUGCGCGAUCACAUGA